UAACAUGGACUUACGUUUCGUUCUAUUAUUUUUAAUCUGCUCCCUCAAGGCGAAUGCCGAGUUGCAUCAUUUAAAGCUGACCAGGCACAAUCACAGGGAACACAAAUUGCCCCACACCCUUGGCAAUGGCAAUAUUCGAAACAGGCUGAGACAGAAGUACGGAUUGGACACUAUAGGUAAAGUUAAUGCUGUCACCAGCAAUUCCAGUUCAACUGGUAGCAUGGAGAGCCAAUCUUUGUUUAAUUACUUUAAUCUUCAAUUCUCCCUAAUCAUAUCGAUUGGUGGGCAAUUUUUUACUAUGGCACCCGAUACGGGAUCUUCGGAUUUGUGGGCGCCCGGAAAGAAUUGCAAAUUUUGCAUAAACACUUGCAAAAAUACUGCAUUCAACCCAAACAAUUCUAAAACCUUUGUCAGCAGUAAUCAAACGUUUAGCAUAACUUAUGGCUCAGGUUCUGUUUCGGGUACCGUAGACUUCGAUACGGUUAGGAUUGGCCAUAUGACCAUUCUGAAUCAGACAUUCGGUGUGGUAAACGCAUCGACAAUGUGCUUCACAUUUGAUGGCAUUAUGGGCAUGGCUUUUCCCAAUCUGUCUGCAAUGAAUGCUGUGCCACCGUUUCAAAACCUAAUCGCACAAAAACAAGUAAACAAUUCGGUUUUCUCGUUUUACCUAAAGAGCGAUUCACCCACUGGCAGUCUCAUGAUUUUGGGUGGUUCAAAUUCAAGUCUCUACUAUGGUAAACUUACCUAUACACCUGUAACAAACCCACUUUAUUGGAUGUUCCAGAUGAAUUUCAUUGGAUUCAAUAUAUUAGAUAUUCCUAACUGUUUCUAUUCCUGCGAUGCCAUUAUGGAUACGGGCACCUCAUUGAUUGUGGGGCCUCCUGAAGCGAUUGAAUCUCUAAAUUGGCAAAUCGAUGCCACCUACAAUUCGAACUAUGACCUUUGGACGGUGGAUUGUGCAAAAAUAUCAACAUUGCCUAAAUUAAAGCUGAAAAUUGCAUACGAAGAGUUUUAUGUUACUCCACAAACUUACAUCACUAAUAUUUCCAAUGUUUGCAUUAGUCCCUUUACAUCUUUGACAUACUUAAAAUUUUGGAUUAUCGGUGAUGUUUUUAUGAGAGAAAAUUAUGUGGAGUUCGAUUUGGGUGAGACAACAAUUGGCAUUGCUCGGGCUAAGUAAAAGCCAAAAUAAAACACAAUUAAUCAGUUUGAGCUGAUAAAAGCAUUAUUAUUUUCAUUAAAACUAUUGUAUUAUUACUUAAGAUGAUCACAAGGUAAUGCCAUUUAUAAAUAGACUUUAAGAAAAAUUUAAG